AUGGCUGCUGCUACUACUACUGCUUCGGCAACAGAACCUCCCGGAUUAGAAACUCAAUACAGAGAUAUUCAGGCUAUUUUACAGGGGCGUGAACUACGAGCUGGAGAUAGUUGGUAUCUGUUAGAGCGAAGAUGGUUUGAGCAGUGGAAAGAAUAUGUGCAGACUGGAGAUCAGAACUCGUCCUCUUUCCCAGGACAAAUCAACAACACAGAGCUUUUUGAGGAGCUGGAUUCCUACCACCUGAAAGAUCGUCUGGUGGAGAAUGAGGACUUUGUGUUGGUCCCAGCAGACGCAUGGCAUAAACUGCUCUCAUGGUAUGGUAUGGUGGAAAAUCAGCCUCCACUAGAACGAAAGGUUGUUGACCUGCCCAGCACUGUCAAAGUUGAAGUCUAUCCUGUGGAGAUCUUCCUCUGCCUCCAUAGCAACAUGGACAAUGUCGUGACUGCACAGUUCAGUCGUGCAGAUUCUAUCAGCACCAUACAGAAAGUGAUGAGGGAGAAGUUUCAAGUGCCAGAAAGUGCAGAGGUCAGGAUGUGGAUGAAGAGCUCGGACACCAGCUGUGAGAGACUGAGAAAUAUCUAUAUGAGUGUGCUAGACACCUGUCUCAGCACCGGCAUGACAGUGAUUAUGGAGAUGAGGAAUGCAGACGGUACCUGGCCCAGCUCCAGGCCCCAGAUCAUGAGGAACUCCAUGGAGGAGCAGGACUCAUACCGGGGGCAGCCAGGGGUGUGUGGUCUCACUAACUUGGGCAACACCUGUUUUAUGAACUCUGCACUGCAGUGUCUUAGUAACACACCUCCCUUGACGGAGUACUUCCUUCGAAACGCCUACCUGGAGGAGCUGAACUUCACCAACCCUCUGGGAAUGAAGGGAGAGAUUGCUGAGGCGUAUGCCGACAUCAUCAAACAGAUGUGGUCGGGAAGGCACUACUCAGUGGUGCCCCGUUUCUUCAAGACCAAGGUGGGCCACUUUGCUUCUCAGUUCCUGGGCUACCAACAGCAUGACUCUCAGGAACUGCUCUCCUUCUUGCUGGACGGUCUGCACGAGGACCUGAACCGCGUGAAGAACAAAGAGUACAUUGAGCUUAGGGAUGCUGACGGCAGACCAGACCAGGAAGUCGCAGAGGAAGCGUGGCGUAACCAUCGGAGACGUAAUGACUCGGUGAUCGUUGACACGUUCCACGGGCUGUUUAAAUCAACGCUGGUUUGCCCCGAAUGUCACAAAGUCUCAGUCACCUUUGAUCCGUUCUGUUACCUGAGCGUCCCACUGCCAGUCAGCAAGGAGAGAGUGAUGGAGGUGUUCUUUGUCUCUCUGGACCCAGAAGCCAAGCCCGUUCAACAUCGUUUAGUUGUUCCCAAAGCCGGCAAAGUCUUUGACCUGUGCGCGACUCUUUCUGAAGCAACGGGCGUCCCAGCCAGUCAGAUGAUGGUGGCUGACGUGUUUAAUCAUCGCUUCUAUAAGAUCUACCAUGCUGACGAGUCCUUAAGCUGCAUCCUGGAUCGCGAUGAUAUUUUUGUGUACGAGCUGAGUAAUGCCUGUGUGGAGCAGGAUAGUGAGGAGGUAGUGCUGGCUGUCUACCUGCGUGAACGCUCCCACUACAGGGAUUAUGGCUCUGGCAGCAGCAGCUAUGGCACCUCACUCUUUGGCCACCCACUGCUCAUGUCUGUUCCUCGCGCCCAGUGUACCCGCGAAGCACUCUACCACCUGUUUCUUCAGCGUCUCGCGCGAUACGUACGUCCUCCAGACUCCUCGGAGGAGGUAGAGGAGGAAGAGGAGGAGGACGAAGAAUGUGGAGAGGAUGAGGAAGAAGAAGAGGGAGGGUGUAGAACUCAAACUAAUGGAGUGAGUGAAGACGAGGGCGACGAAGACGGGGAAAAGGCGGGACCAUCCAAGAGAGAAGAAGACGGACAGGAUGGGGUACAAAGCGACGGUCAAAACAACUGCCACUCCGAGGCCAGUCCUUGCAGCGAGGUGGAGGAGAGGACGGAGGAGGAGUCGAGCAGCGAGGCGGAGAGAGGGAGUAGCACGGAGGAGGGCCAAUCAGCUUGUGGCAGCACUGACACCAAUUCCCAGGACGCAGCUGACGGAGAACAGGGUACCGGCCUCGAAGCUUCUGGGAAAGAGGACGAAGAUGAGGAUGAAGAGGAGGAUGGGGAGGAAGCAGCACGCUGCAGCAGGCCUAACAAGCGCGUGUCCGGGAGGAGGUGUUGCGCGGAGAAACGCAGGAAGCCCCUGUUCACCAUUCAGGCUGUAAACUCCAAUGGCACCACGGAGAGAGGGAUUGGCGAGGGCGACAGCACGUUCUCUUUCAGCUCCCAGCCUUACAUUGCCAUUGACUGGGACCCUGACAUGAAGAAAAAAUAUUACAAUGAGAAUGAAGCGGAGAAAUAUGUGAAACAUCACAGCAUGGAUAUUCCUCAUCAGCAAACCACAGUGCAGUUACAGGAAUGUAUAGAGCUCUUCACCACAGUGGAGACCCUGGAAGAAGAGAACCCCUGGUACUGCCCAAUGUGCAAGAAGCAUCAGCUAGCGACUAAGAAGUUGGACCUCUGGUCGCUUCCUGAGGUUCUCAUCAUCCACCUGAAGCGUUUCUCCUACACCAAGUACUCCAGAGAGAAACUGGACACCAUCGUGGACUUCCCCCUUCGAAACCUGGACUUCUCAGGCUACCUUUUGAGGAAGACGGGUGUUAACGGUGAACCUCCCAGCAGAUACGACCUGAUAGCCGUGUCAAACCACUACGGCGGACUGAGAGACGGGCACUAUACCAGUUACGCCAAGAAUAAGGACGACGGACAGUGGUAUUAUUUUGACGACAGCAAAGUGACCUAUGCAAGGGAGGAACAGAUUAUGACCAAUGCUGCCUACCUCCUGUUCUACCAGCGCCAAGAUAAGAUUCGCAAGCCUACUCUGCCUCCUCCCACCUCCUCAGGCACCUCCUCUUCCACUAACCAGCUUGCUAAUGACAUAACCUCCCACAACCACGACGGAGUGGAGGGAGCCUCUUCCUGUGUUAACAUGGAAACAGACUGAAGUAGUCACUGGUUUUCCUCUCUCUC